AGAGCCAGAUAACCGCGGAGUUAGUAUCAGAGGAGAGCAGACAACCGCGAACAUGGGGAGUUUUACGCGCGGGAUUUACUGGAGACUUUUCCUCGUAGUUUGCCUCUUUCUGGAAACUUCAUCGCAAAACUUCGGACAGACGCAGUUCAUUUGCACGUCCGUACCCAAGGACAUGGACAUCUGCGCGGCCACACUACAGAAUUCCGUGCCCGGGGACAAUAACUUGAAGAGCAGCGUCAUGCAGUUACGAGAGACGGUGCUGCAGCAAAAGGAAACCAUCAUGAACCAGAAGGAGACCAUCCGGGAGCUCACGUCCAAGUUGGCGCGGUGUGAGAGCCAGAGUGGAGAGCCUGGAGCGCGGAGGAAAGACGCGGGGACCAAGAACACCAUGGGGGACGUGUCCAGGGGCCCCGCGGACACCCUGGCGCAGCUCUCCAAUACUUUACAGUCGCUAAAGCAGAGACUGGAGAACUUAGAGCAGUACAGUCGCAGUAACAGCUCGGUUCAAGCCAACAGCCUCAAAGACCUGCUCCAGAACCGCAUAGACGAGUUGGAGAAACAGGUUUUGUCGCGCGUCAACAGCAUCGAGGAGAACCGCCACGGACUGCGCAACGAGACCGAGCAGCGCGGCCGCGUCGAGUCCACGCUCACGUCGCUCCACCAGCGCAUCUCAGACCUGGAGAAAGGUCAGAGGGAGAACAGACCGUUGGAUAAGUUCCAGCUGACGUUCCCUCUGCGCACUAACUACAUGUACGCCAAAGUGAAGCGCAGUCUGCCGGAGAUGUACGCCCUCACCGUGUGCAUGUGGCUCAAGUCCAACGCGUCCCCGGGAGUGGGCACGCCGCUGUCCUACGCCGUGCCCGGGCAGGCCAACGAGCUGGUGCUGAUCGAGUGGGGCAAUAACCCCAUGGAGCUGCUCAUCAAUGACAAGGUGGCCAAACUGCCCUUCCUGAUAAACGACGGAAAGUGGCACCACAUCUGCGUAACGUGGACCACCCGCGAUGGAAUGUGGGAGGCGUUCCAGGACGGAGUGAAGAGGGGCAGCGGGGAAAACCUGGCUCCCUACCAUCCCAUCAAACCCCAGGGCCUCCUCAUCCUGGGACAAGAGCAGGACAUGCUAGGUGGAGGUUUCGACGCUACCCAAGCUUUCGUGGGCGACCUAGCCAACCUGCACAUCUGGGACCGCAAGCUAACCGUUGGCGAAAUCUACAACCUCGCCACCUGCAGCAGCAAAGCCCAAGUCGGCAACGUGUUCGCCUGGAUGGAAACCAGCUUGGAUAUUUACGGCGGCGCCUCCAAGUGGACAUUCGAAGCGUGUCGCCAACUCAACUGAGAUGAAUUCACGGGACGAGAAGUCAAGAUUUUUUGUCCGUUUCCGCUGCUAUCGCUACGACGAAGUAGUAAACUCGAAAUCCAGAUUGAAAACUGGAUUUGAAAUGGAGAGGCCGAUUAGCUGAUGGACUUUUGACGGAAUUUCGAGUUGAGUAAAGGCGAUUGCUGUCCGUCGGGUUUGCUCGGAUGGGAAUUGUAAUCCGUUCGAAGCUCGCUAAGGACUGCAGCAGACAAUUUGGACUUUACGGGGAAGCACUGAGUAAGAUUUCGACGUUUGUAGAGGUCAACGAAAAGACUUUGAGGAUCUUCAAACUGUUACAACGGUUGGGGUUUGUCACUGUGAGAGAUUGUACGGUGGAUUUUGGAAGAAGAGCACGAUUUCGGCACAAAAAUGGACAAUGUUGUGGACUUUUCUCACUAUUCUUUUUUCAGCCACCACCUGCUUGAUGUGAUUUUGGGUAAAAAGCUAAAAUAAAAUCUGUAAAAGAAGUUAGAUUUAUUGCCAACAUUUGAGCCUGAGUGCCUUGGGCUGUUUAAGAAACUCAGCACAUUUUUUAUGAUUUGCAGGAUGUUCGCUUUGUUUUGUGUAACUUGCUUUUUGGAGUUUAUUGUAGAGGUGGGCGAUAUUGGCGGAAAUACAAAUAUGGAGUGAUAUUCCGGAUAAUUCUGAUAACUCGACAUUUUUAUCAAUCGAACAACAGCUAAAACGCUACGCUAAAGGUCCAAUAAUCUGCUAAAUUGUCUUGUUUACUCAUCAAAAACAUCCUUGAGUAUUGAUUGGUUUUACUUUCGUCUAUUGAGAAACGUAGAUAAAGAUCCAUUCACUUUCACCGGACUCUUUACGAUCUUUUCAGGACUCAAACCGCCUUUCCUAUGCAGCUAAUGGACCACUCCACAAUACGUUAAUAUUUAAAAUUAAUCUACAGCUCCAAGAUUAGUUUUUAGACCUUUUAGACCUUUAAUGUGUUGCUCAAAAAGCCAAACAUUGAAAACAUUGGAAACGUACGCCUUACAAAUGUUGAUUGGUUUAAACAUUUGUGCUCAUUUUGGCCUUUUUAAACACGCUUUUGGUAAUGCCUAUGUUUAGAAAUCACAAUUUUAAAAGCAAGGUCCCAUGUCUGAACUAAUAGAUUUGUGUAAGAGCUCCCUCUGCAGACAUUAAUUGGGAUAAAUCAUGAAAAAGCCACUUAAGAACAGGACAGUCAAACAAAAGGACACUUUAAUCUAGCCAUAUGUUUGUUUUGAAAGCAAUUUGAGCACAGAAUUCCUAGAAAAUGGGCUUAAAACUAAACAGGAGACGUCAAGGUUUCUUAUCUAUGACGUAACAAUUUGGGGAAACUUGAAACAAAGUGAUUUCUAAGGUUCAGGGAAAGACAAGCUCGUAAACAGGAUGAUGCAAACGUGAAUGGAGCAAAAUAUACUGUAGCUCCAGGUAUGUUUUUGACGACGGAACGACGUUAUAUCAUGAAAUUUCCACUUUGCAAGACGUAUCGCCUCUAAAAUUUCGAACUUGAACUUGAGAUAUCGCCCGCCUCUUGUUUCUCUGUGACCCGGUGAAUGCAGCUGUUGGAUGGUGAACUGCGGUCUGGUGAUGACGAUGCAUUUUGCAGAUGAGAAUGUCCUCUGUACAGUUUAACAGCAUGUCUUAACGUGUGUAAGUGGCCUCCUCUGCUUCGACCCCUCAUGUUUUCUAUGGAUUCUACUGUGUAGGCUUUAAGCAUGGCAACACCAACAGAUGAGAAAGUUCUAGUUUUUGUAAUAAAUUGUGAUACUUGAAUCAU